AUGUCGAACAAUAUUAUAACCAGUCCCAGGAAUUCAAUUGAAAAAACACGAAGAGCUAUUCUUCGAAUGAGAAAUUGUUCACCUGAAUUGAAAGAUGUAUUAAGACAGAGAUGUCAAGAACGAAUUCGUAAUGAACGUUUCAAAAUUUUAAAUAAUGUUAGGAAAAUAGCUAUGAAAGAAAAUUUCAAAGUUGCAUUCGGAAACAUUAUUCGAGAAGAAUGGGAAAAUAUUGAUGAUAAUGAACCCGUUAAAACACCAAACAGUAAAUUAAAAAGUACAGAUUUUAAUUUAGAUGAAGAAUUAAAAUUGGAAGAAAUAUUAGAAAAGGAAUUAUUGGAAGAACAUGAGGAAUGGUUAAUAAAUCAAUAUGAAGAACUGAUAAAGUGCGAUUUAGACAGUACAAAUUCUGUAGUGUGUCCUCUAUGUUGUUUGGGAUAUCUUAAAAUUGCAAAUGGUUUUGAUAUUGACAAUAAAAAAAUUGGGUGUAGUAAAUGUUCAGAAACUUUCACCAUCAAUCAGAAAUCAUUACUUCACCUUCAAUCAGCCAUUUAUGAGUGUUUGUCUUGGCAUGAUAAACAAUGUUUAAGUUUUCCAUGUUUUGUUAAUGUUCCUAAAAACGAUUAUGAAAGUAAUCUUUGUGUUAUUUGUGAUAAUUGUUCUUUUUUAAAUGUUGUCAUGUGA